UCGGACAGAAACCUGCAGGCUGCAAUGAAAACAGUAUUUCGUUGACACAUUUCUUAAAUAUUGUUUGCAUUUCUUGCUUUGGAGUUAUCUUCCCUGGUGUGAUAUUGAGAUUACAACCUAACUUAGUCCCGUUCCAAAGACUGAUUGGAUAGUUACCAUGGAUCCUUGACACCAGAACAGGAACACAUAGAAAUGCUUGAUUUAAUCUAAAGUUUGGCCUUCAUCAUGUUGAUAUUAACAGAAAUAACUUAUUUCAUCAAUACUCUAAUGGGAGAGUCUGUAAUCUAAUUUGGUCAAUCUAAGCAAUAACAAAUGGCUACUACUUCUAUAACUGAAAAAGUCAAGGAUGCAGCAACUGAUUCAGAAGCAGUUCUUUCUACUCUGAAUAACAGUCCAUCAAAGAUUCCAAGCACACUUGCAACAAAACUGUGUGAUCCUUUAGAGAGCACAAACAGCCUAGGGGUUCAUUCUACCCUUCCUACAGCUAGUAGGAGCAUGAAAAGCCUUCUAACCAAUAAGUUCACUCAGGCUUGUGUGAACGUGAACAGCCUCAGAAUCCAGCAGGCCUCUCAAACCACUUUGAACACAGACAGCCUUGGAACGCAUCAGUCAUCCCAGCCUAGUGUGAACACAGACAGCCUUGGAACGCAUCAGUCAUCCCAGCCUAGUGUGAACACAGGAAAAACAGUAAAUACCAUGCCUAUUCCCCGAAAUACUGCAGUUACUGUCUCUAGCACAAAUAUUAAGAACCCUGCAACCCUCAGCAGUUCUAGCAUUUUGAUAAAUCUGAACAAUGGUGUUCAAAGUAAUUUUACUCUUAAUCAGAUUGUAAAUAACAAAACAUUACCUGUGAACACUUCAAAAACAGUGGGACCUACAGAUGUGGAGGUUACAGAGCAGAGCUUUCAAGUCACUAUUCAACCUGUUCAGAAACUGGAUCCACCACUAAUCACAAAUUUGGAUCCACCAACAGAGUUGGAAAAUAUUCAAGUGAAAAUAGAAGAAAGCUCUGUUGUUGAGGAACUCCAGUCUUCCACCCCUAUGAGUGAAGAACAUGAGCAACAAAGGGUAGAAAAUAGUCUUGUUGAAGAAAGUGAAGAAAAUGCAGACAAUUGUAACAAAGAUAAAAUGAGUGAGACCGACUUCAAGUUUUUCAAAUGUGGAAUUUGUGAUGUGGCUUUUAUUAAUUCAGUAAAUCUAGAGAAACACGUUCACCAGCACAAGAUAUUCCAAAGUGAAACCAUUAAAUGUGGGUAUUGUGAAGAGAUUUUCUAUUCUAAAAGAAAUGCACUGCAUCAUCUGAAUCACACUCAUGGUAUUAUUUGUAAGAAACCAAAGGCUGGAAUGGAAGAAGUUAAUUUACCAACAUAUGAGAGUGAUGGAAAAUCUCCGAAAACUAUUCGAGUCAUUCGAACAAAAAUUCCAAAAUGUGAGGUUUGUAAGAAAAUAUUUCCAAAUCUGGAAAGGUUUGCAGAGCACAAACAGAAAAGCAUUUGCGCUUAUGUGUGGUAUUGUUGUCUUUCUUGUCGGAAAAAAGUUGGCAAAGAAACUUGUAAGGAAGUUCCACUCCCAAAAGAAUUAAUAUGCAAACUAUGUCAUCAGUCAGGGAACCAGUCAAAAGAGAACACAGAUACUGUGAUGGAGCAAGAGAAACAAGGAGAUGAAAUGAUUUUAGGUGUAGUGCAACCAAGUAUUGUAGAAUUUGGUUCUAAGAAGAAGGAUGAAAACAAACAAGGAAAUGAAAUGAUUUUAAGUGUAGUGCAACCAUGUAUUGUAAAAUUUGGUUGUAAGAAGAAGGAUAAAAGCAGACAAGAAGAUGAAAUGAUUUUAGAUGAAGUGCAACCAAGUAUUGUAGAAUUUGGUUGUAAGAAGAAGGAUGAAAAUAAACAAGGCGAUGAAAUGAUUUUAGAUAAAGCACAACCAAGUAUUGUAGAGUUUGGUUGUAAGAAGAAGGAUGAAAAUAAACAAAAAGAUGAAAAAUUAACUGACAAAAAAUGUAAGAAGAAGGUGAAAAAGUUCUACAAUUGUUUGGAUUGUGGGAAAUCUUAUGCAGAAAAAGAUACAUAUGAGAUGCACCUGAAAAUGUUGCACAGUACCAUAAAACAACAUAAAUGUGAUUUGUGUGAACAGGCUUAUGUGCAUCCCUCUUCCCUUAGAUUACACAAACGUUUACACUCAAAAAUGGAAACAUUUGCAUGUGAUAAGUGUCCAAAAACAUUUAAAUUAAAAGGGUUUCUCAAAAAACAUCAGAAUGUACAUGAGCCUGCAAGGUUUCAAUGUGAUGUAUGCGGUAGGAAAUUGAAGUCUAAACCUAAACUCAUAGAACAUAAGAGAUUACACAGUGGUGAAAAGCCCUUUCUCUGUGAGAUCUGUGGAAAGGGAUUUCAUAGUCGGAUGGCCAGAAUUUUUCAUGUGGAUACCCACAAUCCCUCGAGCAAGAGACUAUGUGAGAUUUGUGGGAAACUCUACACAUGCACUUCUUCUUUGCGACUUCAUCAGAAAUUGCACAGAAUCCAUAAUGGUUCGGACUUGAAAGAAAGAUUCUGCAUUUUACCAUGGGUUUGUGAAAUUUGUGGCAAAAGAUUUAGUAAGAGGCUGCGAUAUGAAAAUCACAAAUUAAAUGUGCAUGAGCGUAAAAACAAAAAAAACAAAAAGAGAAGUCAUUUAGAAGAUAACCAGAAGAAGAAGAAGACAAAUUCUGAUUGUCGAUCCAUAUGUGACAUUUGUGGGAAAUCUUUCUGCAGUAAAUCGGCUCUUAGGUCUCAUGUUGCAGUUGUCCAUCGAGAAAACCCUGAUGAUCGAAUCAUAUGUGACAUUUGUGGAAAAACUUUCUCCAGUAAAUCAACUCUUUCUUCUCAUUCUGCCCUCCAUAAAGGACAAAUGCAGAUUUCCUGUGAGAAGUGCAAUAUGGUAAUGCAUAAACAUUCUUUGAAAAGACACAUGUUAAGAAUGCACAAAACAAAUGUAUAACUAUCUUCAUGAACAUUGAACAGUGUCAAAAAGAUAUUAAGUAUAAAUAUAACAAAUGAAUCACAGAAGUAUAUUAACAGGUUUAAAUGAAGUUAUUUAAUCUCAUUAGUAAAAUAUCUAUUUUUAGAAUGUCAGUUCAUGCUGUUUACCACAAUAAUAAAAUACAGUACACUGUC